CAGUAUGGUUUACAGUUAUGUUUCUUCUUACUUUCAGUGUUAUUAAGAAACAGCUUGGAUAGGUUACAGAUGAUAUGUGAUACCUUCUGGUAUAUAUGGUGAAAUACAAAAUGCAAAACUCUUAAUAGAUCAUAUUACAGUGAAAAAGUAUGAUCAGAGUGUUAAGAAGAUAAAUGAAAUAUAGUAGGAUACGAUAACCGAUCCAUAAUCAUGCAAGCAAGUGCAUUUUCCCGUUCUGUGGUGGUGAAGGGGUGGUCCGCUCGCCACUGCUUCAUUUCACUACCGCGAUCAUGGAUGCAUCUCGUUCAUCCUGCCCAUACCCCAACCUUCCGGCUUGAAGUCUCCUCAGGGCAGAGCAUUUUACUGUCCUGGGCUGGAGACAUGCACAUGCCAACCACUGGAGAAGAAAAUAGCAUUUUGGUGGGAAGGGAAGUAUUAAAAGGCAAUGAUAUAUGUGAGAGUGAAGUAGGGAUACUAGUGCAGAUUCCUGUACCACCAAGUUGCUCUGCCAUUUCAGUUACUGUUAGAUCGCUAAUGCAGUGGCAAGAUUUGGCUCUGAACGUUGAUAGUGCUCAAUCGGCAAUCCUAAGCCAGAUGCGUGUAAUGAGUUUAGGGCAGACCCUUCCCCUGUGGCUUGAUGGUGGAGUGUGCAUAAUGCUUACUGCUACAAGUAUUGACCCUUUAGUUCCUAGUGUGGUUCUACAUCCCAUGACUCAAGUAGAAGUUCAUCCUCCUCCAGAAAAUGAGGGAGUUGAAGACUACACACGCAUUAGUUUUAAUCCUGUGAAUGAAAAUGCAGAUGGGGACCACAAAGAUUUCAGUGAUCUAGAUUUUGAGGGAAAUUCCCAAGAAGCAUGUAAUGAUGAUAAACAGAUUGAAAGUAGGGACAAUCUCAAUGAAAAAAUGAUCAGAAAACUCACAGAUUUUGUGAUUGACAGACUGCAAGAACAAAAAAGAGUGCAGAAAAUACAUGUAAGAAAAAAUAUUUGUCUUGGCUACAGAGUGCUUCCAUUUCCAUGCGAUGCUUCUCCAUUGUCUAGUAUUCUGCAGAGUCAUCCAUCUUUAGUUAUUAUUAGUAGGGAGAGCAUAGCUUUUACUGCCUUCAAAGAUGAAGUGUACUUUGUUGCAAAUAUAAGGAAAGUUAAGUCACCGAGAGAAAAUUCUGAAAAGCCAAGUAAUGUAAAGGAGGAAAGUAAAACAAGUGAAGGGAAGAAAACAAAUAAGUCAAGUAUUAGGCAAGAACCAGAAAGCCAAAAACUUUUUGCAGUAAUUGUGUGGGAAAACUUUGUAAGGGGAAGACCUGAUAAUACAUUUUUUAUACAAGAAAUGAACAUGAUUAUUGAAAGGAACAACUGUGUGAUACCUAACUGCUGCAGAAGGCAGAUGAAUUUAGAAAUUACAAGUACUGUGGAGAUAAGAUCUACUGAAUCCAGUAUCACUGCAGUGCCAACUUCUGUUGAUGUUGCACUACUAGCACAUACAUAUGAUAUUCAAAAAGAAACUCUUUUGGAUGGUUUAAAAGCCUUACUUCGGAAUCUUGUUGAGGAGUGUAUGGUCUUCAUAAAUCCAGGCACCAUUAUGGAAGUUAAGUUAGAAGAAAAGUACAUUGAUAUUUGCCUUUCAACAAGGAAUGGCUUACCCUUAAAGCUUACAAAGAAAUCAGUUGUAAUAUUAGAAACAACUUUUUUGACUCAGAUACCCAGUCUUCCAUAUAUACCAAACUCAGUCAGUGAUCUGGAUACUUAUUUCUUUGCAAAAUAUUCAUAUCUUGGUGAAGACGAGGUCAUGACUAAUCUAAAGCAGUAUAUAGUGAUGGGUCUUGGACUUAAAAUGUCAGCACCAAGAACAGUUCCACAGUUUGCUCUACUCUGUGGUAGUAAAGGCUCUGGAAAGACCAGCUUAGUGGAGACUAUUAUUGAAGAUUUGUCUGCAUCCACAUAUCACAUCUACUGUGAUGUAGUCAGCUUUAAACAACUAAAAGGAAAGAAGAUGGAGACUAUAGAAAAAAAGUUACAAUUGUUAUUCAGAGAAGCAAUUUUCAGGAGACCUUCUCUUGUGGUUUUGGAAGAUCUUGACUAUCUAGUUCCACUGGAAGGCACUGAUCAAGAAUCGGGCCCAGUGUAUGAACAUGUGAUGCAGGUUGUUAACAUGCUCAGGAAACUUUUAGAUGAUCUUUUACAAUUUUGUUCUGAUUCAGAAUCCCCUUCAGUGAUGGUGGUUGGGACAUGUAUAGCAAGAACAAGUGUCCAUCCCCUUCUAGUCAGUCCUCAAGGUUGUCACUACUUUCCCUGCACCUUUAAGAUUCCCCCACUGGAAACAGAAGGGCGUGUAAAGGCCUUCAUGGCAAUGCUCAAUGUACACUGUGAGAAAUUUGCAGCCACAAAGAAGGGAAUCUCUCUUUGCCAGUGCUUCCCUGAAGCUGAUGAGCACUGCAUAUUCUGUGGGUAUUCUGAGUCAGAAAAGUACCAGGUGGAUAUGAAAGUCAUUGCCAGAAGGACUGAAAGUUUUGUGCUCCCUGAUCUGAACCAUUUAGCUUUCAGAACUUUCUUCCAAGCAAGGGAUAGGUGGGAAAGAAAUAGCACUUCAAGAGAAAUAAUGGAAAACAUGAAAGAAAAUAAUAGUGAUUUUGUUAAGGACAUAAAUUCUUUGUGUAAAACUACUACAAGUAAUACAGUUCAUGAAAGCAGCACACCCUGGAAAGUUCUUCAGUGUGACGUGGAUGCAGCUCUUGAUGGCUACACAUCUCUGGCCUUAAGAGGGAUAUCCCUAUCGGAGAAGAAGGCUGAUGAGGGCUUCAAAGUGGGUGGCAUGAAAGAAGCCAAGAAGAUCUUAGAGGAGACGCUGACAUGGCCCUCAUUAUAUCCCAACUUGUUCAACAAGGUUAAUCUGAGAUUGCGGUCUGGGGUCUUGCUCUAUGGCCCUCCAGGCUGCGGCAAAACUCUCCUGGCUAAUGCUGUCGCAGCUUACUGUCAGCUGAACUUCAUUUCAGUCAAGGGACCAGAGCUUUUGUCCAAGUACAUUGGUGCAAGUGAGCAGGCAGUUAGAGAUGCUUUUGAGAGAGCUUCAAGUGCCAAACCUUGUGUCUUGUUCUUUGAUGAAUUUGAGUCGAUUGCUCCAAGGCGUGGACAUGAUAGCACUGGGGUGACAGAUCGUGUGGUGAAUCAGCUACUUACACAGAUGGAUGGUGUUGAAGGACUCACUGGAGUUUACAUCUUGGCUGCAACCUCCAGGCCAGACCUGAUUGAUCCUGCACUGCUUCGGCCAGGCCGUCUUGAUAAGUGUGUAUAUUGUCCAAUGCCGUCAGAAAAGGACAGAAUAGAAAUCCUAGAAGUUUUAAGUCAGGAUGUUGACUUAGGAGAAGAAGUAGAUUGGUCAGAGGUUGCCAGUUUAACUGAAAGCUUUUCUGGGGCUGACUUACAAAGUAUUUUGUCGACAGCACAAGUUGCAGUUGCUCAGGAAGCCUUUGGUGAUGAUCUUUAUAAGGGUGUUAUCCCACCGGUUAAAGAGGAGAGAGAUACAACUGGUGUCAAAGAUGAUAAAGACAAUAUUGAAGAACCUUUAUCAUUUCAUGCUGCUGCAAUUAAAGAGGAAGACCCAGAAGAAAAUUCAGUUUACCAAGGUGCACAUAAUGUUGAGAAAAUACAAGAACAAGUCCUAAUUGAAAAGGAAAAGAAAAGAGUCAUAUAUAGUCAAAAGAGCUAUAUUUCUGAAAAUGAGAUGUCAGAUGAUCAGAUAAGAACAAAUGAUGCCUUUUCUGAGUCUGUGAAACCCAAUAGUGCCAAAAAGCAGGACUCCACUCAGUCUAGUUUUAAGAUUUAUUAUAGGCACAUCGAAGCUGCAUUGAAAGAGGUGAAGCCAUCAGUCACACAGACUGACCAAAGAAGAUAUGCACAGCUGUAUGCUAGUUUUACCAGUUCAAGGGAAGGGAAUUUUGGACAGCCAUCCCCAGGAAAAAGAGCAACAUUAGCAUAACAUAAGAAUGAGUUGUUUAUAUUAUGAAUGCAGUAAAACCUAUGGUAUGAUGCUUGUGACUCAAUUAGAAGUAAUGUGAUACAAAAUCUGUGAUUUGCUUUCCUUCCUGUUACAUGCACUGUAUGUACCUACACAUUGUUUUCUUUAGCCCUGCAAGUUAUUUACACUCCUUAAUUAAUUUAGCUGGAUAUAUGGAAGUAGAAGACCUGAUGGUACAUUUGAAAAUCUCUGUCCGGUGCAGCCUCAGUUGAGACAAAAUCCUGAGAUGAUGCCAAAUUCCUAAUCUUUCUAAUUGAGACAUGAAUAGAAUACUAGCUUUGUUCAAUAGAAUUUGCAACCCUGAAAAUCCCUGUACAUAGUGAAAAUACAGUAGCUUCCUGUGCUACUGAAUAUAAAUUGCAGGAUAGAUAAUAAUAAUUUAUCAUAUUUGAACACUGUUCAUUCCAACAAAUAUACUGUAAAGAUUCAUUCAUUCUCAUUUACAUUUUUUGUUUAAAUUUUCAUAUUUCAGCUUAAUUAAGCAAUAAAGUAACUGGAUGUUCAACUCUAAGGGAUUGGCCAACCUCAUCCAUUUUACUUUGACUAACUUGGAGAUAUUUUGGAGUUUCCCUGAAAUGUAAAAUAUAAAUAAAUGUUGGGAGAUGUA